AUGGAGUCCUCAUCCUCCCCAAACCCCUCCGCCCAAAGCUCCCCCAAGCCCGCCCAAACCAAUCUCACCCAUAGGCCGGCCAAUCGCAAACAGUCCUCCGACUCUGCCUCGAAUACCCAAAAUGCACCCAUACCAGACGAUAAGCAUGGGGCAGAUUUGCCGAUGACCAUGUCCGCCUCUGUCGUUCUAACCAGUCUGCCCCGCGAUGCCCAUCAAGCAUUGGCGGAUGCCGAGGCCGUGGAUACGGGGAAAGUCACCGUCCGGUUUCAGCCUCUUCCUUCAUCUCCCAUCCUCAAGAACCGCGUGUUCAAAAUCAGUGCGUCGCAAAAGUUCGAGACCGUCGUGAAGUUCCUCCGGAAGAAGCUGGACUGUAAAGAGUCCGACUCUGUUUUUUGUUAUGUCAACAGUGUCUUUGCUCCUGGGCUGGACGAGGGCAUUGGUGGAUUAUGGAGGUGUUUCAAAACCGACGACCAGCUAAUUGUUGCUUACUCCAUGACGCCCGCGUUUGGUUGA